GUCGAUACCAGAACCAGUCUCAUUCAGUUAUUAGGAGACAGGCAUUUAAUCGAGCACCGAUAUAAUGCCAGCCUGCAAACGACCUCUAGUUUAGCUACUUAACUUUAACUUUGCAACCACUAAACUCAAUGCAGUUGUGUCUGCGGUGGCCGUGGCAAACAUUUGCAUGACAAAUAAUUAAAGGGUAAGGUUUAGAUUGAAAAUGAUUAGAUUUGCAUCUGGAAGACUCAUCAUUUCUGUGGUUCCAGUAUGGAGAUGUCUUCAGCAGAUAACCAGAGCACCAAACUACACAACAAAAGCUCAGCUGCUGCUUCACUCUCGAGCCUCCUCAGUGUUAACGCCAUCCAGAUCCAGACUGACUCCCACCAACAGGCUGUUGAGCAUCAGGCGCGUGAGCUGGCCCGCCUCACGUCUCUGCCACGGGGAUUCACGAGGCGCCUCAGAGAGAGGCGACAGCAAAGAGGGUUUCAGUUUGAUGGCCCUCGCCCAGGCUCCCAAACCAGCUCUCUACCUCGGUGUCUCUGGGCUCAUCCCUUUCCUGUCUGCCCCUCUGCUGAUGGCUGCCACGCAGUCCUUCUACCCUGAACUUGCAUAUGCUCAAGUGGUCUACGGAGCCUGUAUAGUCUCUUUCCUCGGAGGUGCCCGCUGGGGGUUUGCCCUCCCUGCCGGUAGUCCUGCUCAGCCUGACUGGAUGAACUUGGGCAACAGUGUGGUGCCUUCACUUCUGGCCUGGCUAGCGCUACUCUGCAGGGAUAAUAUCACAGAAGGAGCCCUGGUUGUUAUGAUGGGACUGGGUCUCUCUCUGCACUACGACCUGACCCUGCUGCCUGGCUACCCCUCCUGGUUCAAAGCCAUGCGGACUCUCCUCACUCUGGUUGCCACCUUCUCGCUGGUGGCUACCCUGACAAUUAAAAAAUUCUGCACCGAGAAGAAGAUCAAAGAGAUUCAGAACUGAUUUAAGGGGACAGUUUGUACUUUGAGCUACAUGGACUCAAUAAAAAAUGACAAAUUAA